AUGGCAAUGAGAAUGGGUCUCAGUGGUAUAAUCAUUGUUGUGCUCCUUUCUUUCACAUUGUAUCUAGAAGCAGCGCCCUGUUCUUCUCUUCCAUCAGUUGACUGCACAGGCAAUGGCUGCCAAAUCUACAAUUAUCAAGGGCUGUGGGAGGACCAUGAAAACUGUAUGGCGGCGAAUUCUUCAUCGCCCAAAUCGGAAGCAGAGCUUGUACAAGUGGUGGCCAAGGCAGUGAAAAACAAGCAGAAGGUGAGAGUGGUGAGUUGGCUUGGGCACAGCCUCACAAAACUUGCCUGUGUCGGAAACCAAGGCCUCAUAAUCUCCACCAAGAACUAUAACCAAAUAAUUUCAAUCAACAAGACUGCCAUGACCAUUACUGUCCAGGCCGGUGCAAUGAUGUCUGAUGUCAUGGAAGCUGCAGCUAGUCAGGGGCUCAGUCUGCCCGCCAUGAUUUACUGGAAUGGAGUCUCUGCCGCCGGUGUUAUUUCCACCGGAGCCCAUGGAAGUGGGCUUAUCGGAAAGGGAAGUGGCGUUUAUGAGUACGUGGUGGGAAUGAGAUUAGUAGUCCCUGCUUCUCCCUUGCUAGGCUAUGCAAAGGUGAUUACAUUGAGGGAAUAUGAUGAGGAUCUGAAAGCUGCGAGGAUUUCUCUGGGCAUGUUGGGUGUGAUCUCUGAAAUUACAUUUGCUUUGCAGCCAAUGUAUAAGCGCUCUGUUUCUGCCUCGUUGAAGGAUGAUGGAGGAUUGGAGAAUGAGGCGGAGAGUUUUCUUAGGGGUGUUGAUUUUUCUGAUAUUUACUGGAUUCCUUCCCAUGGAAAGGCCUUGUUUAGGAACAUCAGCAAGGUUUCUGUCAAUGUUCCCGGUGAUGGCUUUAGUAUUCUGCUUGGCACUCCCACAAGAGUUGUCGACAUCGAGAAUAGUGCUGCUCAGAUGGCAUCACUUCAAGCUAAUGCAGCCACUCAGACAAUAUGCAAGGUACUUGAAUCGCAGAUGAACACACUGGCGUUUAAUGGCAGCGCAUUUCUCAAUGGUCCAACAGGAUUCACAGGCUACCCUAUUGUAGGAUUCAAUCACAAAAUGCAAGCAUCUGGUGGAUGCCAAGGUUCAGUACCCAAACCAGCAGAUAAUUCAAGUUUUACCUGCAAUUCUACUUCAAUUGUUGACAAGAAUACCACUGUCUGUACAUGGGACCGUCGGAUAGACGCUAUCCUCUUAUAUGAUGUGGAGAUUCAAGUCCGCAUGUCUAAUUUGACGGCUGUUAUUCAGGAUAUGAAGAAGAUUAGAGAUUUGAACCCAGAAAACUUGUGUGAUCUGAGAGGAACACUGAUUCGCUCCAUUAAGAAAUCUGAUGCUUAUUUGGGACAUGCAGAAGAUACGGUGGCUAUGGAGACUAUAUAUUAUAAGUUUAGAGAUGAGAACAUGAUUAAAUGGAAUGGAGAUGUGUUUGAAGAGAUUGAGCAGAUGGUGAUUGAGAAGUAUGGAGGGGUAAUGCACUGGGGGAAGUCUGGAGGUCAUCUGUUUAAGGGACAGGCCUUAAGAGCAUCCAAUAUAACUAAAUUUUUAGAGGUGAAGAUGAGAUAUGAUCCUUAUGGAUUGUUUUCUAAUGAAUGGACAGAUGGUCUGUUUGGAAUUGAAGGCCCAUUGAUGGAUAUAGAGAGAGAUGGUUGUGCUUUGGAUAAGUUGUGUAAGUGCACAGAGGAUAGGCAUUGUGCUCCUGAUAAAGGCUACUUCUGCAUGCCCGGUAAAUGUGAUUGGCAAGUGAAAUGGGAAACUGUGAGCAGGGAUGUAUCUUCCACACAGUUGCAGAGUACCAUUCCCCAGGCUACAGAUGUGACAUCUAGAAGUGGCACUGAUCCUUACGCCCAUGUAGACAUACCAUCUCCACCUGACACUACACGUUUGAUAGAGGUUGAUCCUUUGUAG